GAGACUCAAAAAAAACUUGAAAGCUUUCACAGUGUUCCGUUUCGUGAAGAAGCUUUGUUGAACGCGUGCAACCCUAGUUAGGGUUUUCUUCUCAAAACUCCAAUUUUCAAUUCAACAAAUCGCACCGCUGGAUCCUUAUCGUUUUCCUCCGUCGGUCGACUCCCCCUUUUCCCGAUCCUUCAGCGAUCGUGGAACCAUGUACGGCCCAAGGGGGGCAAUGUUGGGAAGCGGGGGGGUUUCGGACGGGUACGAGGUUGGCUCAAAGAGACAAAGAAUGAUGGAAUCCAAUCCAUACUUCGCAGUGAGCAGCGGACCAGGCAGCUUUCAACAUUAUGGAUAUGCUGGUGGCUUCCAGCCCCCUCCUCCUUUUCCCGUGGUUCGUCUCAGGGGGCUUCCGUUUAACUGCACAGACAUUGACAUUUUGAAGUUCUUUGCUGGUCUGACCAUUGUGGAUGUGCUGCUGGUCAACAAGAAUGGACGCUUCUCUGGAGAGGCCUUUGUAGUCUUUGCAGGAGCAAUGCAGGUUGAGUUUGCUUUACAGAGGGAUCGACAGAACAUGGGUCGCAGAUAUGUGGAAGUCUUCAGGUGUAAGAAGCAGGACUAUUACACUGCUGUUGCUGGUGAGGUCAGUUACGAAGGAAUAUAUGACAACGAUUACCAUGGAAGCCCUCCUCCCUCCAGGUCCAAGAGGUUCAGCGAUAAAGACCAAAUGGAAUACACUGAGAUAUUGAAGAUGCGUGGACUUCCAUUCAAUGUGACUAAAUCUCAAAUUAUUGAGUUUUUUAAAGAUUACAAGCUGAUAGAAGAUAGGGUACACAUCGCAUGUCGCCCAGAUGGUAAAGCUACCGGAGAGGCAUAUGUAGAGUUUGUUUCACCUGAUGAGGCUAAGAGAGCAAUGUUCAAGGAUAAAAUGACCAUUGGAUCGAGGUAUGUGGAACUGUUUCCUUCUACACCAGAUGAAGCUAGACGUGCUGAGUCAAGAUCAAGGCAGUAAAUCAAGAUAUUUUGUCAGGGAUUGUGCAUCUUGUUUUAGGUUGUCAACCUUUUUAUUCUGCAUUAUUCUACUACAACUAUUCUAAGUUUUAGAUGAAUGUACUUCAAUUACUAGUUUGGCUUGAUGGUGGUUAUAUUUGAAUGUCUGAAAUGGAUGCAUUAAUUGAUUAUUAAUAGAAAAGGCCUUCGAAUAUGUGGCCUAGUACGUGGAAGGUAAAA